CACGAGACGAAAAAGACUAUCGUAUCGUACGAGUAGAGCCGAGUAGUUCUGCCUGGCGCCUUCAGUGGGCGGGUGCACGCUGACGCGACUGGUCGCGGGUUUGUCCUUGUACGGAACGCAGAUGCAGAUGGAGAUCGUCAUGAGAAUCGCGUGGGUACUGGCUUUUCUGGCGUCCACAGCAGCACACUGGUAUGACACUGGAUUUCCGACGGUUCGGCUUAACGAGACUGACAUCGUCGGAAGUUGGAUGACGUCAUACCAUGGCAGGAUAUUUGCCGCAUUCCGCGGGAUCCCGUACGCCGAACCACCGGUGGGCGACCUGCGCUUUCGUAAUCCUCGGCCCGCACAGCUGCCGGCGGGCGCGUUCAACGCCAGCGCCGACGGCCCGCUGUGCGUCCAGAAGAACGUGCUCGUGCCCAACGCGGUCGUCAUGGGCCAAGAGGACUGCCUGUACCUCAACGUCUACACGCAGCCCGCGCGGAGUCAGCUGCCGGUGAUGGUGUACCUGCACGGGGGUGCCUGGUUCGGCGGCAGCGGCGCCUCCGUGCUGACCGGGCCGGAGUUCCUCAUGGACCGCGACAUCGUCCUAGUCACCUUCAACUACCGCCUCGGCGUCUUAGGCUUCCUGAGCGUGGACGACGAGGAGGCGCCGGGCAACGCCGCCAUGAAGGACCAGGUGGCAGCCCUGCGCUGGGUGCGCGACCACGUGGCCGCCUUCGGCGGGGACCCCAGCGCCGUCACCAUCUUUGGACAGAGCGCGGGCGCGGGCUCUGUGCAUCUCCACAUGCUGUCGCCCAUGUCUGCCGGACUGUUCCACCGGGCCAUCAGCGAGAGCGGCAACUCGGUGGCUGCGUGGGCGUUCCCCACCGAGGACCCGGCCGGCCUGGCGCGCCGGCACGCCGCCCUCGUCGGCUGCGACGUCGACUCCUCCAACUCCAGCUCCAGCUCCAGCUCGCAGCUGGUCGCCUGCCUCAGGACCGUCGAUGCCGCGCGCCUCGUCGACGCGACGGACCAACUGAAGGUGUGGUCGGUGGACCCGCUGACGCUGUACCGGCCGACGGUGGAGUCGAGCGGCGACCCCGAGGAGCGCUUCCUGGCCGCCGCGCCGCUGGCCAUCCUGCAGGCGGCUCUGAGCGCCGGCCCCGCCAGCGGCCGCUCCUCCGCCGCCUUCACGUCCGUGCCCUGGCUCACCGGCGUCGUCGCUCAGGAGGGCAUCAUCAGGGCCGUCCCCAUCCUGAGCAACGCGACGCAGCUGUCGGAGGUGAACGCGCGCCUCGACGAGCUGAUGCCGGUGCUGAUGGAGCUGCCGGCCAACCAGUCGCAGCAGCUGUGGCAGCAGAUCAAGCGCUUCUUCUUCCCCGGCGGCGGGGACGUCGUCCUCGGCGACAGCAACGCCGAGGCCUUCAUAGACCUUUACAGUGACCGGUCAUUCAACCAUCCCCUUCACAACGCGGUGCUGUACCAUAGAAUGGCAGGCCACAAGAACAUCUUCGUGUACAGCUUCGAGUACAGAGGCAUGUACAGCUACUCUAGCCUCUUCGCAAACACCACAAAGGACUACGGAGUGAGCCACUGCGACGACCUGCUGUACCUGGUGCCGGCGCCCGCCAUCUUCCCGGCGUUCCCCGACGACAGCCCCGACUGGGAGGUGGUGCACGCCCUCGUCACCCUGUGGACCAACUUCGCCAAAUACGGGCAACCCACUGCGCCGGUGUCGUGGAGACGUUGCCGCAGGUCGCAGGACGGCUGCGCCAGCACUGUGGACGAGGCGUGGUGGCCCAGCACCACGGAGACCACCUCCUUGCCCUACCUGCAGAUAGCCGCGGCCACCGGCUCCGGUCGCACUGCGGAAGACGGAGUGCUGAAGUUCUGCAUGCGGGACAACUUGCUGCCGGAGCGGAUGGCCUUCUGGGACUCGCUGCCUCUGCAGGAGAACGCGCUGAGGGGCGCCUAGCCGGCUGCCCCAGCUGCCUCAACCCUGAUACAGUAUUCUCUCCUCUCGCGGCACAGUACUUAACUGCCGUGCUGUGAAACUGCAUUUAAGGACUACACUUUGUGCGUCUUGUUUCUCUGUGAUGUAAUUUCACCUCCAUCAAUGGACUGGUCCACAAUUCGUGUUCAUUUAUCAUAAUCAUUCUAUUUUGUUACACUCGUAUUGAUUCUACAAGUAAGAAUGUAAUUCAAUAAAAUAAAAAUAUUUGCACAAA